AUGUUGGAACGAAAGGCGCGCAGCAUUGGUCAGGAAAGUCAGGAUUCCCUUCCGUUCUCAAGCAAGACGUACUCGUCGUCAAAAGUACACGAUACCUUAGGAGGUGGUGACGAUUAUCCGGUUCAGAUGUAUAGCGGAGACUCCUAUAUGCCGAUGAUACAGACUUUACAGACCCACUAUGUUUGUACCGAUUGCGGCAAGAAAUAUAAAUGGUUAGACAGUCUGAAGAGGCAUCAAAGGGUGGACUGUGGCAACAAGGAGAAAAAGUUCUCUUGUCAUGCGUGCGAUCGAAAGUUCAAGUAUCGAUAUGAACUACGAAAUCAUAUUACCGCACAUCACUGCGGGUGA